AUGGACGUGCCAGGACCAACAAGCCGUGUGGAGAUUGUUGCUGCAAUGCGCAGAGUUCGUUGUGAAUUCAAAGCACGAGGCAUGAAGAAACGUAAAGUGACCGUAGAUGUGUCGACGGACGGUGUGCGAGUAACAACCCGGAGUAAAUUUACCAAAGGAAAGGGUCCCGGAAAACUGUUUGGACGCAAGACCGCAACAUGCAGUGAAACAAUUGAAAUAAUGCACCACCCUAUAUAUCGCAUAUUCUACGUGUCUCACGACAGUUCCGAUUUGAAGAUUUUCUCAUACAUUGCCAGAGAUGGCGCCACUAACGCUUUCAAGUGCAGUGUCUUCAAGAGCAGCAAGAAGAAAACUAUAAUUCUGGCAAAGAAAGGAUCCGGAGCCCAUACCAGUUCCUUCUCCAAACUGCGAACCUGGAUUCGCCAACGAUCCACAGAACUGCAAAUUCACCGUUGGUAG